GUCCGGUGCUCGGCGAACGUAAGCACCGAUGCGCCGUCUAGCGGCCGGAUCCAUAUUAGAUAACUCCAACUAAGGGGGGCCACCCCUUGCGCCCUCUACUGACGCAUCGGAAGACUUUGCGACCACACCAACGCCCAAGCCAACCCACUUCCCAGUUCUAUCGCGGGUGCUUCCAUACCUGAAAAGGAGGCCAAGUUGCCAACGAGGUAGCUUCGGCCCUUCGCUACCUCGCAUCUUGGACUUAGCUCCGAGAUCACAUACGGCAGCCUGGAAGAAACUCGAAGCCAUCCAUGUCGCUUUAGACUCAAUAAGAGUCACGACGAAGAGGAUGAUGACGAAUAAUGGCAUAUAGAGUGCUCCGAGCCCCGGCGGUUUUGCCGUACCCCGUUGACCGUCCGUCUCGGCCGGUCUCCGCGCUCUUGAACCAAUGGGUCUCCCUUUAUCUCCUGGCGCUACAUAGGGAGCCACAUGGACAAACAUAGGAUCUUCGUUUUUAUGGUCCUCUUAAGACUACGAAUCUCCCCAUUGUUAAAUUCAGCCCUACCCCUUGGCACAUCACCAGUUCUUUUCCUUUCACACGACAUCCUCAGGAGAUUGACGACUCAACUACACUUCAUUCGGCUUUAAGCAUAUCUAACCCACAUCAGCUGUGUGAUAUCGCCUCUCAAUCAUAACUUGCCAGACGAAUCAGAACGAAAACUUCGAUAGCCAUGUCACCCAACAACGUCCCACAGAGGACACCACUCUCACAAUGGAGUGCUGCUCAACGGAAGGGCAUCAUCAUACCUAUGGUCAUGUCAUCGAUACUGAUCUUGGUUCUCGUCCUUGCCAACAUGACAUAUCUCUUUGGAGCAACAUUCGAGCAAGGGAAGCGCACACAUGCACUCAAGAUUCUCGCCGUUGACCUGGAUGGGGGCGCCAUUGGUUCGGCAAUUGUAGGCGCAUCCAAGAGCCUCCAAGCUGCCAACUUCCCAACCAUCGAGUUUGGUUCCGCCUCAAAAUACUCAACUCCCGCAGCGGUCAAGAACGCGGUAUGCAAAGGAGACUACUGGGGAGCCAUCUACAUCAACGCGGGCGCGUCUGCGAAGCUCGCCAGCGCCAUCAACGGCACCUCGACCGCAGCCUACAAUGCCGCCGACUCGGUCACAUACACCUACAACCAGGCCCGAUACCCUGCGAUCGCCGAUUCCACCAUCAACAGCAACAUCCAAAAGGUCGUCGGCGCAUCGAGGGCCUUCUACUACCAGUCGCCCAACGGCACGGCUGCCCUCCGAUCCCUGAACACCACCAAUCCGGCCGCCAUCGCCGCCUACCUGAACCCGAUCUCGUCCACCGCCGACCUCAUUGGCGCCCAGACGCAAGCGAGUCGCGUCUUCUUCAACACCGUCAACAUCAUCGUCCCCACCCUCGCCCAGUUCUUCUUCAUCUUGGCCCUGAACGGCAUCGGCAUGAGCUCCGGCCUCCUCGCGAAGAUGAGAGUCCGCGACGUCUGGCUCAUCCGCUUCACCAUUGGCAAGAUCUACGGCUUCCUCACCGCCGUCACUGUCACGGGUUAUCUCUGGGCUUUUAGGGAGAACUGGGCUGUCGGGGGCCCUGAGUUCGGCAAGACUCUCCUCGUCUUCUGGCUCUACAUGGAUGUGCAGUGGCAGGUUCUCGAGUCCCUCAUCGGAUCCUUUGUGCCCAUGCAGCUCAUCCCGUUCUUCUUCCUCACCUGGAUGCUCACCAACGUCGCUAGCAGCGUGUUCCCCUUUGAGAUCAUGGCGGGCUUCUACAGGAUCGGCUACGCCUUCCCGGCGCACGAAAUCUACUCUCUUUUGGUGCAGGCAUGGACUGGUUGCGCUGAUCAGACGCGCGUCGCCCUGCCUGUUCUCUUCUCCUGGUGGCUUGUGGGCCACGUAGGCUCCGUCUUCUCCAUCCGCAAGCGCUGCGCUGACGCCGCGGCCGUUGUUGCGGCUGGUGCUGCCGCCGCCGCUGCUGCAAAGGCCCCGGCUCAGCAAGACGACACCGUCUCUAUCCCUCCUCGCUCUGCUAGCACGGAAGUGACUUUGCAGUCCGAUGAAGAGCAAGUCAGAAACGAGAAAUGAAUGAUGGAGCCGCAAGGGAUUCUUAGAAACGGAUUCGGAUUUGGCUGCUGAUGUAAUUGAAGAUUUAUGCGACGUCACAGCGGACGGCACGCUUGAUACCCAGCAUAACAUGGAGUUAUUGGUUUCUGCAUCAAGACCAUCGUAUAGUGUGUUAUGUUUGCUUUGAUUGUUAGGAUGAUAUAGACUCAACUUAGACAUAGCAUCUUCCCUUACAAGGGAUUAAUUCAC